AUGGGUCAAUGCUUGGACGCUGGAAGCACGGUGGCCUAUACUGCUGGCUGUUCCUCACUGGUGCUAACAUUUAUUUCGACCAUUGUCUGUGCUAAAUGUAUGCGGCGACUCGGCCCUGACGACACGAAAACUAGCCUUAUUCUGUUUGUCGAUAUGAUAUUCGGCGCCAUAUGCUGCAUGGUCCUGGUAUCUUUGAUAUCUAUUUUUGCUUAUAAGAGGGAGCAGAACGCUUUGCUUUUCCGUUGGCCUUGGGGGCAUCUGAUAUUAAUCGGCUGGAUUCUGUUGGCGACCAUCAUAUUGACCUGUGCCACCAUUCGGGAAACCCGUGGCCUACGUUCACUUCACGGUCCUAACUCUAAAGGCAACUUUACAGGACUGUUCCGUGGAUGGAUAAGUUUAUGGGCGCUUUCUGCAGGUUGCCAGGUCACGUUCUAUGCAUUACUGCUCUGCCUCAACCGCCCUGUGCGGCAGGAGCAAACUGGCACUUUCUCAAUAUCCUGUUCCGGCUUGGAUCAACGUUCGCCGUCUGCCCUCGAGAACCUUCGUUUGCAAAAAGCCGUACAUUUUCAUGGCAAAGAGUCCGGGAGCACCAGGGAUGUGGACUCUACGCAUAGCUCGAACGAACGACACGACCCUUUUGAACAGUGGGAGGUUGAUUGCAAGAUCCCGGAAACACUGAGCUCGCUCCAGGGGCCGAUGUCACACCCAUCCAAGGUCCGUUCUCCCGCAUCGGAGAACCAUAUUCUAUUCUGGCCUGAUACUCCACCUCCUAUAACCCCGCCGACGCUGGGGGUUUCAGCUGCAGCACCACAGACGACAGGUCGGAUCAUCAGUAUGCAAACGCUGCCUCGGAUCAGAGAUAACGGUUCCACAUGUUUGAGUAGGCCGCUUUCUCGCUCUAGGUUUCCUUUGGAGAAUAACAUUAUUCGGGGACAGGAUGAAAAGGACGCUGAGAACGAAAGGGAUGUACAUGAAUCAUUUUCUGGACAGUCGAUACCGCCUUUUGUAUUGCAAGCAGGUCUUCGAAGAAGUUUACUUGAUUACGAGAAUCGGACUACGACGGGACAUCAGAUAUACCACAUGUGCUACACACCGCAUUUCAUUAAGCAGAAAAGUAACAUCCUGCCGAUUGUUUGCUGCAUUCAUCCUGUCUAA